CAUUUUAAACCCAUUUCCACCACCCCACCCCACUUUUUUUGUUUGUGAUCGUUGAACAAAUAGAACGACUCAAUCUCAUUCUCCCUUUUUGUUCAUUCUUUCUUUUCCAAAGCAAUAAUGCCCAAAAGCUCGGCUGGACUGUCGACGCCUGCUGCUGCCGCGGCCAAGGCUGGCAAGAGCUUCAAGAAGACCGCUCCCGAGCCGCUGCCGUCCACCGAUGCCGCCACCGAUGCGAGUGCGAGUGCGAGUGUCGACAACCCCUUUGCAGCUCGGCAGCAGAUGCUCGCAGACAUGAAGUGCAAGACGCUCAAGAAGGACUUGUACAAGCAGCUCAAGCACGACAAGUCGGUCGCUCGUCGAAAGGAGCGCGACCAGAAGCUAGCCGAGCGCCGUCAACUCGGAGACGCGGCGCCGCCAAAGGAAGUCCCAAAGACCAUUGAAAGCACGCGCGAGUUUGAUGAGACGAUCGUCAAUCCCGACGACCAGGAGGUCGUUGAGGACGAAGCCAUGGACGAGUUUGCCAACUACUUUAACGGCGAAACACUCCCGAAGCUGCUCAUUACAACGAGCAUCAAGCCCGUUGGCGAAACGUUCAAGUUUGUGCAAGACCUUGUCACGGCCAUUCCCAAUGCCACCUACGUUCCCCGCCAAAAGUUUGACUUGAAGCAAAUCAUUGAGUUUGCCAAAAAUCGCGAGUUUACAGACGUGAUGCUCAUCAACGAGAACAACAAAGAAGCCGAUGGUCUUAUCAUUACACACCUUCCUGACGGACCCACGGCCCACUUCAAGCUCAGCAGUAUUCAGAUUGCCAAAACUAUUCGAAACCACGCGCGCUCGAGCGACCAUCGACCGGAACUUGUGCUCAACAACUUCAAUACUCGAUUGGGCCACACCGUUGGUCGCAUGUUUGCCACACUUUUCCCGCACGAUCCAGAGUUUGUGGGUCGCCGUGUCAUCACCUUCCACAAUCAGCGUGACUUCAUCUUCUUCCGCCACCAUCGCUACAUUUUCCGCAAUGCCCAAAAAGUGGGUCUCCAGGAGAUUGGGCCCCGAUUUACGCUUAAGCUGCGAUCCCUGCAAAAAGGCACAUUUGACGCCAAGUACGGCGAGUACGAGUGGACACAUAAGCGUGGAGAAAUGGACACAAGUCGACGACGCUUCUUCUUGUAAUGUUUGCUCUGAUCGUGCCAGCAUCGAAUUCCAAUGCUCGAAAGGUGUGGACACAAAUAAUUGUUUUUUUUUUUCUUGGAUUUCAACUUUAACUAAACAAGAUAUAUUAUUACUCGA